UGUAACUGUAAGUGGUGAAAAAAUGGCAAAAGGGGACAAAAAGAAGAAAGUUGAAAAGAACACGCCGGAUAUAUCUCACAGUAAACUGUUGGUAAAUAGCUUUACCACUAGUGAUGAAUGGGAGCCGCAGAUUCUUGACCAUGAAUCCGAACAGGAGUCAGACACCGAUCUAAUGACAGCGUCAUUCUCAUCCCCGCCACCGCUCACGGACAAACAUCUGGAGAAAAGUGACUAUGAAUUUCAUGAAGUGCAAAUUCUUCACAACCUCAUAAUUCAAAGGUACGAGGGGGAGAAGGAUAGAGAUCAGUUCCACGGUGAAGGGGUCGCAUACUUUCACGGAGGACACGUUUACAAGGGCAGUUUUUCAGAGGGUCUUAUGCACGGCAGAGGAACCUACACAUGGGUAGAUGGAGUAAAAUAUGAGGGGGAGUUUGUGUCCAAUGUGCCCCAGGGUCAUGGUCUCUAUACCUGGCUGGACAGCAGCUCUUACGAGGGGGAAGUCUUCAAUGGCAUCCGCCAUGGUGUGGGUACCUACAGCUGUGCCAGUGCCUCAGUGGUCUACAGAGGUCAAUGGCACCAUGGCAACAGACAUGGAAAAGGCACCAUAUAUUAUAACCAGGAGUCCUCUUCCUGGUAUAAAGGAGACUGGGUCAGUAACAGCAGAGAGGGCUGGGGGCUGAGAUGCUACCUGUCAGGAAACACAUAUGAGGGGCAGUGGAGAAACAACCUCAGACAUGGAGGAGGCAGAAUGGACUGGCUGCAGCUAGGCCAGCGCUACAGUGGUACCUGGGAGAAUGGUAUCCAGCAUGGCCAAGGGACGCACACCUGGUUCCUGAAGCGUGUGCAUGGCUCCCAGUACCCUCUGAGGAACGAGUACCGGGGGCAGUUUGUUCAGGGUCUGCGUCAGGGAGAGGGCAGCUUUUACUACGCCAGCGGGGCUCUUUACCAGGGCCAGUGGAAGGGCAACAAAAAGCAUGGACAGGGAAAGUUCAUAUUUAAGAACGGCCGGGUAUUUGAGGGGGAGUUUGUGGAUGAUCACAUGGAGGAGUUCCCUGCGUUUCGCCUAGAUGGCUGCAAGACCCCAGACUUGAGGGCAAUUAGAACACACACACCCCUGCCAGAGGAUGGGACCUCCCCUAGGAGGUAUCUAGAGCUAGAUGGUGGGGAUAGUGCCUCUACUGUGCUGGGGCAAGACAUGGCUCUGGACAUCACCACCCUACUGGAAAAGUUUCCGGAAAGCCGCAGAGGCAUGGAGCUCAAACAGGUGGAGUUUGCGGUGCUGCGACACAUCACGGAGCUGCGCUCUAUCUACACCUUCUACAGCAGCUUAGGCCACGCCCCCUCCCCUGACAACACCUUCCUGCUGUCCCGCCUGCAGCUGUGGCGCCUGCUGAAGGACUGCAGCGUGCACCCGGGCGCCAUCACCCUGGCACAGGGGGACCGCUACAUCGCUGGGGAGGAUGUUUCUGCAGAGGAGGUCCACUUGCCCUUCUCCACCAUGCUCCUCAGGAAGUUCCUCAGCAGUGUGGUUGUUCUCGCCUACCACACCUACCACAGGGACUUGGAGACCUCUGGGAACACUCCUGUGUUGGUGUCCUGCUUCUCCAAACUGAUGAAUGAGGACAUCAUCCCCAACGCAAAGACUGUGAAAGGCCUCUUGUUCAGCCACCCUGUGCGAGCGGUGGUAGCUGCAAACUACAUCCAGAGAUGCUGGGAGAUCUACCAGGCCUUCUGCAAGCCCAGAGCCACAGCAGACUCCACCAUGACGACCAGAGACUUCAUAUUGAUGUUCAAGGAACUAGCUCUGUUUGAUGCACAGAUGACCACCAGGAGACUGCUGGAGGUCAUAUCCACAGACACUCCUGUUGUGUUCCACCAGGAACACUAUAACCUGGAUCUGGAGAUGACGUUCCUGGAGUUCUUUGAGGUGCUCUUGGGCUGUGCCGAGGUCAAAGGUCACCUGGGUGAAGACUGUGUGACAGAGGGGGGGACCGAGGCGGGCCCCCCACCCAACGCCUCGAGGGGCACCCCAGUGGAGGACCCCAGAGAGAGUCCCCUGUAUGCCCCAAAGAGGCCCUCAACCACGACUGGAGCUCUUGUGAAUAAUUCCAACCCCAACACCUCCCCAUCCAGCCCCAAGUCAACCGAGGUGGAGAAGUCCAAGGAGGUCCUGCAGACGUCCACUCCUGAGGGUCUGGAGCCCAGACACAGUCCCAGGCCUGAAGGCAAGCUCAGAUCUGAGACAGGAGAGCUAGCCGGUGGCUCUGCAACUCUUUCGUCAGUCACUGAGAGGAGAGACGAGGGUUCUAGUGGUGCUGCAGGGGUCAGCCCUGGGUCGGGUAUAGAGACCAACCUAUCCUCCCGCCCUCCUCAUCCCAACAGCACAGAGCCAAGUGAGGACAGGGGGGCAGCAGGGGUGGUUGCCGGGAGCGAGGGCCCGGGGGAGCUGGAAGCCUGGGUCCAGAGAACCCACCAGUUCUUCAGCCAGGUGUUCUACCCGGCGUACGACCGCAGCCUGCUGCUGAACAGGGAGGUGCAUGAGCACCGGCUACAGCAGGCUGCCUGCGCUCGCAUCAACCUGGCCAAGGCUAAGGAGCGGGCCCGGCUGAGGGAGGUGUGGGAGGCUGAGGAGGAGGAGAGACGGCGGGAGGAGGAAGAAGAUGAGGAGGCAGAGAGAGACGGUGUGGACGACGAGCCGAACCCCUCGCCUGCAGUCACCCCUGUGGCCUCCGCUACUUCCGUAGCGGUCAUGAAACAGUCUCCCGCCGUCGCCGGGGCAAAGAAGAAGAAGAAAUAGACCCCCAGCUGGAUCCUGGUGCUGCAUUGUGCACAGGGAGGGCUGGGACUGCUCUCCUAUGGAAGUACUGGUUAUCCACUGGCUCUAGACAGUUACACAUUUUGUAGCUCAACAUGCAUGUUAACAAGGAACUCUGCUUUAUGAUAGCUGG